AUGGAGGAACAGGCGCAUCAAGGAACAUGCCGCAGGGGAGAGAGCAAGAGUCCAGAAAUUGACCAGGAGGAAAUAUACUUAAUUGACCUGCUGACUGUGGGCGAGUCCCGGCAGAUGGUGGCUGCGGCAGAGAAGAUCCGGACAGCUUUGCUCACUGCCGGGGACAUCUACCUCCUGUCCACUUUCCGCCUGCCCCCCAAGCAGGGUGGAGUCCUCUUUGGCCUCUACUCUCGCCAAGACAACACGCGAUGGCUGGAGGCCUCCGUUGUGGGCAAGAUCAACAAAGUGCUGGUGCGGUACCAGCGUGAGGAUGGCAAAGUCCACGCGGUGAACCUACAGCAAGCGGGCCUGGCUGACGGGCGCACACACACCGCGCUCCUGCGACUCCGAGGUCCGGCCCGCCCCAGCCCUGCUCUGCAGCUUUACGUGGACUGCAAACUGGGCGACCAGCAUGCUGGCCUCCCGGCACUGGCCCCCAUUCCUCCAGCAGAGGUCGACGGGCUGGAGAUCAGGCCUGGGCAGAAAGCUUAUCUGAGGAUGCAGGGCUUUGUGGAAUCCAUGAAGCUUAUUCUGGGCGGGUCCAUGGCCCGGGUAGGAGCCUUGAGCGAGUGUCCAUUCCAGGGGGACGAGUCCAUCCACAGCGCAGUGACCAGUGCACUGCACUCCAUCCUAGGGGAGCAGACCAAGGCGCUGGUCACCCAACUCACCCUCUUCAACCAGAUCCUGGUGGAGCUGCGGGAUGACAUCCGAGACCAGGUGAAGGAAAUGUCUCUGAUCCGAAACACCAUCAUGGAGUGUCAGGUGUGCGGCUUCCACGAGCAGCGUUCCCACUGCAGCCCCAAUCCCUGCUUCCGAGGCGUGGACUGCAUGGAGGUGUACGAGUACCCCGGCUACCGCUGCGGGCCCUGUCCCCCGGGUCUCCAGGGCAAUGGCACUCACUGCAAGGACAUCAAUGAGUGCGCUCACGCCGACCCCUGCUUCCCGGGCUCCAGCUGCAUCAACACCAUGCCCGGUUUCCACUGUGAGGCCUGUCCUCGAGGCUACAAAGGCACACAGGUGUCUGGUGUGGGCAUCGACUACGCCCGAGCCAGCAAACAGGUCUGCAACGACAUUGAUGAAUGCAACGAUGGGAACAAUGGUGGCUGUGACCCCAACUCUGUCUGCACCAACACCGUGGGCUCUUUCAGAUGUGGUCCCUGCCGCCUGGGCUUCCUGGGCAACCAGAGCCACGGCUGCCUCCCAGCUCGGAGCUGCCACAGUCCAGCCCACAGCCCCUGCCACGUCCAAGCUCACUGUCUCUUUGAACGCAAUGGGGCAGUGUCUUGCCAGUGUAACGUGGGCUGGGCAGGGAACGGGAACGUGUGUGGGCCCGACACGGACAUCGACGGCUACCCGGACCAGGCGCUGCCCUGCAUGGACAACAACAAACACUGCAAGCAGGACAACUGCCUUUUAACACCCAACUCUGGACAGGAAGACGCUGAUAAUGAUGGUGUGGGAGACCAGUGUGAUGACGACGCCGAUGGGGACGGGAUCAAGAAUGUGGAGGACAAUUGCCGGCUGUUCCCCAACAAGGACCAGCAGAACUCAGAUACGGACUCUUUUGGUGAUGCCUGUGACAACUGCCCGAAUGUUCCCAACAAUGACCAGAAAGACACGGAUGGCAAUGGAGAAGGAGAUGCCUGUGACAAUGACGUGGACGGGGACGGCAUUCCCAAUGGACUGGACAAUUGCCCGAAAGUCCCCAACCCUCUACAGACAGACAGGGAUGAGGACGGGGUGGGAGAUGCUUGUGACAGCUGCCCCGAAAUGAGCAAUCCCACCCAGACAGAUGCAGACAGCGACCUGGUGGGGGACGUCUGUGACACCAAUGAAGACAGCGAUGGGGACGGGCAUCAGGACACCAAGGACAACUGCCCACAGCUGCCGAAUAGCUCCCAGCUGGACUCCGACAACGAUGGACUUGGGGAUGAGUGUGAUGGGGAUGACGACAACGACGGUGUCCCGGAUUACGUGCCUCCCGGACCUGACAACUGUCGCCUGGUACCCAAUCCCAAUCAGAAGGACUCAGACGGCAAUGGCGUUGGUGAUGUGUGUGAAGACGACUUCGACAACGACGCAGUGGUCGACCCCCUGGAUGUAUGUCCCGAAAGUGCAGAGGUGACCCUCACGGAUUUUCGGGCCUAUCAGACCGUCGUCCUGGAUCCCGAGGGUGAUGCUCAGAUCGACCCGAAUUGGGUCGUGCUCAACCAGGGCAUGGAAAUUGUUCAGACCAUGAACAGUGACCCCGGCCUGGCAGUGGGAUACACAGCCUUCAAUGGCGUGGACUUUGAAGGCACCUUCCACGUGAACACAGUGACCGAUGAUGACUACGCAGGCUUUCUCUUCAGUUACCAGGACAGCGGCCGCUUCUACGUGGUCAUGUGGAAACAGACGGAGCAGACCUACUGGCAGGCCACACCCUUCCGGGCCGUGGCUCAGCCUGGGCUGCAGCUCAAGGCAGUGACAUCGGUGUCAGGCCCAGGUGAGCACCUCCGGAACGCCCUCUGGCAUACUGGCCACACCCCUGACCAGGUACGGCUGCUGUGGACUGACCCACGAAACGUGGGCUGGAGGGACAAGACCUCCUAUCGAUGGCAGCUGCUGCACCGGCCGCAAGUUGGCUACAUUCGGGUGAAGCUUUAUGAGGGUCCCCAGCUAGUGGCAGAUUCUGGGGUGAUCAUUGAUACAUCCAUGCGAGGGGGGCGUCUUGGUGUAUUCUGCUUCUCCCAAGAAAACAUCAUUUGGUCCAAUCUCCAGUACCGAUGCAAUGCUGUUCUCACCCCUGGUCAAAGCAGAACAACUGCGGUUACCCCUAGCGAUUCCACUGCGGGUACUGUGAGCACGAGGAGCACACUCCCCACCUCCAACCCUGCACAAAGCCCGGCCACCACUCCAGGCCACAAUGCCACCUCGUCUCUGACCACCAGCCAUGCCCUGGCCCCGGCCACCACUCCAGGCCACAAUGCCACCUCGUCUCUGACCACCAGCCAUACCCUGGCCCCAGCCACCACUGCAGGCCACAAUACUGCCUCGUCUCUGACCACCAGCCAUACCCUGGCCCCGGCCACCGCUCCAGGCCACAAUGCCACCUCAUCUCUGACCACCAGCCAUAGCCCGGCCCCGGUCACUACUCCAGGCCACAAUGUCACCUCGUCUCUGACCACCAGCCAUAGUCUGGGCCCGGCCACCACUCCAGGCCACAAUGCCACCUCGUCUCUGACCACCAGCCAUACCUUGGGCCCAGCCACCACUCCAGGCCACAAUGCCACCUCGUCUCUGACCACCAGCCAUGCCUCGAACUUGGCCACUACUGCUGGCCACGAAGCCACCUCAUCUCUGCCCAUCAGCCGUGCCACAAGCUCAUCUUCCACUCUGCUGCACAGUAGCACCUCUGCCAGGGCCACUACCUCAGUUGGCCAGAGGACAUCAUCCUCUGUUUCCAGCCACCACUCUGACACUCCCACCACCCGUGCCAGCCCCAGCACCCACACGCUUGGCAGCCACUCUAGCUCUCACACGGCACCCUCUCCCGCCACCUCCAGCUCCAGCGCACCCCAGUUGUCAGCCAGGAUCUCUCUCUUUGUCCUGACUUUCACCAUUUGGAACCGCCCGUUUAAUUCUUCCCUGGAAAAUCCCCAAAACAGCUACUACCAAAAGCUGCAGAGAAACAUUUCUGCUUUGUUGUGGCAGAUUUAUAACCAGGAGGGUUUCCUGGGCGCCUUCGAUAUCACCUUCAGGCCAGGCUCCGUGGUGGUGGGAUCCUUGCUGGCCUUCCGAGAGGGUGCCCCCAGUGCCCACGACGUGGAGACACGGCUCACUCAGCAAGAAGCGGACAGUUAUGACCUGAGGGUCUCCAGAGUCAGCGUGCGUGACGCGACGCUUCCUUCCUCUGCCCAGUCUGGGUCGGGGGUGCCAGGCUGGGGCAUCGCCCUGCUGGUGCUUGUCUGCGUUCUGGUCGCACUGGCCAGCCUGUACCUCCUGGCGCUGGCCGUGUGUCAGUGCCGCCGAAAAAACUAUGGGCAUCUGGACAUCUUUCCGACCCGGGAAGCCUACCAUCCUAUGAGCGAGUACCCCACCUACCACACCCACGGGCGCUAUGUGCCCCCUGGCAGUACCAAACGGAGCCCCUAUGAGGAGGUUUCUGCAGGCAACGGCAGUGGCCUCUCUUCCACUAACCCGGCAGCGGCCGGCUGCCAACUUGAGCAGGGUGGUCACAAUGUCUGUGCGGACUGCAAGGGGCUUUUGGGGGAAGGAAGGACAAGAAGAGGGGGCUCCUUCGUGAAGCAGAUGUAG